AUGUCCUACCGCCCUGAACUCCUUGCCCCUUUCCUCGCUCUCCCCCAGGGCGAUAAGGUCCAAGCUGAGUAUGUCUGGAUCGAUGGCGACGGUGGUCUCCGUUCUAAGACCACGACCGUGACCAAGAAGGUGACCGACAUUGGCCAGCUUCGCAUCUGGGAUUUCGACGGUUCUUCCACGAACCAAGCCCCUGGGACCGACUCUGAUGUCUACCUGCGCCCGGCUGCCAUUUUCAAGGACCCCUUCCGUGGUGGUGACAACAUCUUGGUUCUUGCCGAGUGCUACAACAACGAUGGCACCCCGAACAAGACCAACUAUCGUCAUCAUGCCAAAAAGGUCAUGGAUCUUGCGAAGGAACAGGUCCCCUGGUUCGGCCUUGAGCAGGAGUACACCCUCUUCGACACCGACGGUACGCCGUACGGCUGGCCGAAAGGUGGUUUCCCCGGUCCCCAGGGUCCCUACUACUGCGGUGCCGGCGCUGGAAAGGUCUUCGCCCGUGACCUUAUUGAGGCUCACUACCGCGCUUGCCUUUACGCGGGUGUCAACAUCUCCGGUAUUAACGCGGAGGUGAUGCCCUCUCAGUGGGAGUUCCAAGUUGGCCCGUGUGAGGGUAUCUCCAUGGGUGACCACCUCUGGAUGGCUCGCUACCUGCUCGUGCGCGCCGCCCAGCAGUGGAAUAUCACGGUGUCCUUCCACCCCAAGCCCCUCGCAGGUGAUUGGAACGGUGCCGGCUGUCACACGAAUUUCAGCACGAAGGCGAUGCGUGAGCCUGGAGGCAUGGCAUACAUCGAGGCUGCAAUCGAGAAGCUGAGCAAGAGGCAUAAUGAGCACAUCGCCGUGUACGGUGAGGAUAACGACCUCCGUCUAACCGGUCGCCACGAGACUGGUCACAUCGGCACUUUCACCUCCGGCGUUGCCAACCGCGGCGCGUCUAUUCGUAUUCCCAGGCACGUAGGUGCCCAAGGCUAUGGAUACCUCGAGGAUAGACGUCCCGCCUCUAACAUCGAUCCCUACCGGGUUACCAGCAUUAUCGUUGAGACGACCUGCCUCGACAAGUAG